AUGAAAAUUACAUUGUAUCCUAUAGAUGUGGGGUAUUUAUCAAUAUCAGCAAUCUGUACAGUGUUGAGCUUUAUAGGCCUCCAAUAUUGGAUAGAAGUUUCUUAUGUGAAACUAAAGUCAGAUGGUUUGAUGGGUGAAAACCUUCUCCACCCUAGUGUUGCCAACCGUGUAUUAGAACUGUUGUUGAGUUCUUAUACGACAGUUGCAUUAGUGGUCAAUUUUGUCAUCAACAUUUUUGUACUCAUCAUCCUCUCUCUUAAGUGUGUGAUCGUUCACCUAUCUUUAGGUGGGGAAGUGUUAUGGGCUGGUCAACGUUGCAAAUCUAGUCUUGGCUAUGCUGCAAGAUACAACAUAGACAACAUGGUUGCCUCUGGACAAAUAACCAGCACUGAACUGUUGCUCUUAGCUAUGUUCAGAAAGUGUUUGAAAAGGUUUUUCUAG